UAAAAUUUAAUAAUUUUUUUGUUAGUAAUGUUGCGGCGAGUAAAUUUUUAUUCAAUAUGUAUCGCGUUUGGUCUCAGUGUUCUAUUAAUUCUUGCUGGAAGUCGAUAUACAGAUAACACAAAUUACCGUCCGUCCUCUGAAAAUAGAAGAAAUAUUAAAAAUAUUCAGAAAGUUGAAGAUGGGGAAGAGUUACUCCAGCCACUACCAACGAAUCCAGACGACGGUUCUCCAGAUAUUGAAAAAAUUAUUGAAAAAACAAGGUCAAAAAUUAAAUUUGAGUUGUGGAAUUAUAACUACACUGCAUCUGGAGUUAAUAAUCUUGAAAAUCUUCUAAUGGAAUCUGGCGGCCGACCAAUAAGAAGUCUAAUAAUUUCCACUUGGAGAUCAGGCACAACCUUUCUCGGUGAGAUUUUAAAUGCAAUGCCGGGAAAUUUUUAUCAUUAUGAGCCGCUUUUGAAAUAUAAAAUUAUACAAAUAAGGGGUCCUCCACAUGCUGAUAAAGCUUUAAAAACAAUAAAAAAUAUGCUUAGGUGUAAUUUUGAUGGAAUGGAAGAUUAUUUCGAGUAUGGAAAAGGGCAUUUGCACCAAUUUAGUCACAACGGUAGAUUAUGGGACCACUGUAAAUAUAAGAAAGAAUUGUGUUUUGAUUCUGAAUUUACUGCAAGAUUUUGUAAGCAGUUCCCCUUCCAAAGUAUGAAAGUUGUUCGUGUCAGAUUACGUCUUAUUCAAGAGAUAUUGCAGGAUAAAGAGCUUAAUGUAAAAGUGAUAUUGUUAAUCCGUGACCCGCGCGGGGUGAUGCAGUCGCGGCAGCACCGCAACUUCUGUCAGCCGGCGCCCGAUUGUUGGCAGCCGGAGUUACUUUGUGCAGACAUGAUCAGCGACUAUGUUGCUGCAGGCAGGCUGCUGAACCAGUACCCAGACAGACUCAUGGUUUUGCGUUACGAGGAUCUAGCGUUGAAUCCAAACGCGACCACGUACAAACUGUUCAAGUUCCUUGGCUUGAGCGUGACGCCGUCGGUAACAGAGUUCCUACGAUCUCACACCAGUGUGGAAGUAGCCGGCGUCAGUUCGACCUUCCGAGUCUCGAGAGAUGUGCCUUUCAGGUGGAAGAAUGUCCUCAAGUUUGAUUACGUUGAAGAUAUACAGAUAACGUGUAAAGAAGCAAUGAGCCUGUGGGGUUAUAAAAUGGCGCACAACACAUCUCAUAUGCUCAGCAAAGAUUUCUAUCCUAUCGAAUCAUACUCACUCGUGCAAUGAAACAUUCUGUGAUACAUAUUGGUCUCAAAAUAUUCACGCGAUGGAGUGUCCAUACAAAUAAUAACGCAUUUUUAUAUCUUCGCAUAGCACAAAUCGCAUGUUGGCGACAUAUUAAAUUUCAUAAUUUUUAAGUACAUUUGACAACAUUUUUUUACAAAAUAAUCUAUGACAUCGAAUUAUAUUCAUAAUUGUAACAUUAUACUCAACGAAACUAUAAUUAUGUUAUCGUAGCUAUAAUACAAAUUAGAUUUUAAUUUUAUUCUU